AUGUCAGCGACUACGCCAGAGAAACACAGCGGCGGCGUCAUUGACGGCAUUGAGCGCACCAUUAGCAACAGCUUCGUCAAUGUCGACGGCGCCGUGUCGGUACCGCCUCUGGAAAAAAAGGGGAGCAGAGUUCGGGAUGAGGACGAGGAGAGGCAGCAGCAGGUCGACGACAGCAGCGAUGGGACGGCGGUCAACGACGACGACAAGGCGGGCGGGAAAGCGCCAGAUGGCGGGCUGCAAGCUUGGCUGGUUGUCUUGGGCGCUUGGUGCGCAUCGUUUUGCAGCUACGGCUGGAUCAACAGUGUCGGCAUCUUUCAACAAUACUACGCCCAAGGACCGCUCAAAACUUACUCGGCCAGCCAAAUCUCAUGGAUCCCCGCACUGCAAAUCUUCUUCAUGUCCUUCAUGGGCCCGCCCAUUGGCGUCCUCUUUGACCGCUACGGCCCCGAGAAGCUCCUCGUCGCCGGCUCCUUUCUGCACGUCUUUGGCCUCAUGAUGGCCUCCAUCUCCACCCAGUACUACCAGUUCCUGCUCUCCCAGGGCGUAUGCAGCGCCGUCGGCGUCGCCGCCGUCUUCCUCUCCUCGAUUGCCUGCGUGUCGGGCUGGUUCGACCGGCGGCGCGGCCUCGCGUUUGGCCUGCUCGCGACGGGCUCGAGCCUCGGCGGAGUGGUGCUGCCCAUCAUGGUGACGCGGCUCAUUGACGGCGUGAGCUACGGGUGGGCGAUGCGCACGGGCGCGUUCCUGAUUGGCGCGCUGCUCGUCGUGUCCAUUUGCACGGUGCGGCGACGCACCGGCAUCGCGCCGCAGACGCACUUUACCGCCGCGCAGAUGCGGGCGCCGUUUGCCGAGCCCGCAUUCAUGCUCAUCCUCGGCGGCCUGUUCCUGAUCCCGUUUGGCCUGUACACGCCCAUCAACUACCUGCCGACGGCGGCCGUCGACGGGGGCAUGGGCCGGCAGCUCGCGCAGUACCUGGUGGCCGUGUACAACGGCGCCAGCCUCGUCGGACGCCUCUCGUCGGGCAUCCUCGCGGACCGCUUCGGGCGCUUCAACGCCUUCAUCGCGUCGUGCUACGUGGCCGGCGUGCUGGUGCUGGCCAUGUGGAUCCCGGGCACCGACAACGCGACGACGGUGGCCUUUGCCGCGCUGUUUGGGCUCUUCUCGGGCGCCUACAUUGCGCUGCUCGUCGCCCUCGUCGCGCAGGUGUCGCCGCUCCGCGAGAUUGGCUACCGCAACGGCGUCGCCUGCCUGGCGCAGUCGGUGGGCGGCCUGCUGGCGACGCCGAUUGCGGGCGCCAUCAUUGACAAGCCCGGCGGCCUGGUGGGCGUCAAGGUGUACGCGGGCGUGUUUCUGGUGGCGGGCACGACGAGCGUCAUGAUGGCGCGGCUGGUGUUGACAAAGUGGAAGCUAAGGGCGGUGUUGUGA